UCAUUCUCAACCAACAAUACAAUUCAUCAAUUCGUUUCGUGAAGCGAAUUUUUUUUUUUUUUUUUUUUUGGGUUUUAGUGAUUCUUGGGCUUUUUUCUCGACUGUUUUACCGGGGAGAUUUGGUGGGAAGAUGAGGCUGUUGAAGGUUGCGACGUGUAACCUGAAUCAAUGGGCAAUGGACUUCGACUGCAACGUGAAGAAUAUAAAGGAGUCAAUAGCAAGUGCCAAAGCGGCUGGUGCAGUUAUCAGGCUCGGACCUGAGCUCGAGAUCACCGGUUAUGGGUGUGAAGACCAUUUCUUGGAGCUCGAUACUGUUUCUCAUGCAUGGGAAUGCUUGAAAGACAUUCUUCUUGGAGGUUGGACUGAUGGCAUACUGUGUAGCAUAGGGAUGCCUAUUAUCAAAGGAUCAGAGCGUUACAAUUGUCAAGUACUAUGUUUGAAUGGAAAAAUUAUCAUGAUACGUCCAAAAAUGUGGCUUGCCAAUGAUGGAAAUUACAGGGAGCUCCGUUGGUUUACUGCUUGGAAGCAAAAAGAUCUGCUUAUGGACUUUCAGCUCCCGAUUGAAAUCUCUGUGGCUUUGUCACAGAAAUCAGUGCCUUUUGGUUAUGGAUACAUUCAAUUUUUGGACACGGCUGUUGCUGCUGAAGUUUGCGAAGAACUUUUCACUCCUAUUCCUCCUCACACGGAGCUUGCACUGAAUGGGGUUGAAGUGUUUAUGAAUGCUAGUGGAAGUCACCACCAGCUAAGAAAGCUAGAUCUUCGUCUUCGUGCAUUUAUAGGUGCUACCCAUACUCGUGGAGGGGUUUACAUGUACAGUAAUCACCAAGGAUGUGAUGGAGGCCGGCUUUAUUAUGAUGGCUGUUCCUGCGUUGUUGUAAAUGGAGAUGUCGUGGCUCAAGGUUCACAAUUUUCCUUGACGGAUGUUGAGGUUGUGGUUGCCCAAGUAGAUCUGGAUGCGGUUGCUAGCCUGAGAGGAUCUAUAAGUAGUUUUCAAGAACAAGCAAGUUGCAAAACCAUAGUGCCAUCAGUGGCCGUACCAUAUACUCUUUGCCAAUCUUUCAACCUGCAGAUGUUCCUUUCUAGCCCACUUAAGAUCAAGUAUCACUCUCCUGAGGAGGAAAUUGCCUUUGGGCCUGGUUGCUGGUUGUGGGACUAUUUAAGAAGAAGUGGAGCUUCCGGAUUUUUGCUUCCCCUUUCUGGUGGAGCAGAUAGCUCUUCUGUGGCUGCUAUAGUUGGGUGCAUGUGCCAACUUGUUGUAAAAGAGAUUGCAAAUGGAGAUGAACAAGUCAAAGCUGAUGCAAUAAGAAUUGGAAAUUAUGCUAAUGGGGAGUUUCCUACAGAUAGUAAAGAAUUUGCAAAACGCGUUUUUUAUACAGUUUACAUGGGAUCUGAAAACAGUUCAGAAGCUACUAAGAUGCGGGCUAAGGCAUUGGCUGAUGAGAUUGGUGCCUGGCAUCUUGAUGUUUCCAUAGAUGGUGUUGUUUCUGCAUUGCUAUCCUUGUUUCAAACACUUACUGGAAAGCGACCACGCUAUAAGGUAGAUGGAGGGUCUAAUGCUGAGAACCUAGGGUUGCAGAACAUUCAAGCUAGAAUCAGAAUGGUGUUGGCAUUUAUGUUAGCUUCACUCUUGCCUUGGGUUCAUAACAAAGCUGGGUUUUAUCUUGUUUUAGGUAGCUCUAAUGUUGAUGAAGGAUUGCGUGGUUACUUAACAAAGUAUGAUUGCAGCUCGGCAGAUAUAAAUCCAAUAGGAAGUAUCAGUAAGCAAGAUCUUCGGGCAUUUCUCAAGUGGGCUGCUAGCCAUCUUGGCUACUUAUCCUUGGCAGAAAUAGAGGCAGCUCCUCCUACUGCAGAAUUGGAACCUAUACGUUCCAACUAUAGCCAGUUGGAUGAAGUUGACAUGGGAAUGACAUAUGAGGAACUUUCAGUCUACGGAAGGCUGCGGAAAAUAUUCCGUUGUGGGCCAGUAUCGAUGUUCAAGAACCUCUGCUUUAAAUGGGGUUCGAAUUUAACUCCGUCAGAAGUUGCAGAAAAAGUGAAACAUUUCUUUAAGUAUUACUCUAUUAACCGCCACAAGAUGACUGUAUUAACACCUUCUUAUCAUGCCGAGAGUUAUUCACCUGAGGAUAACAGGUUUGAUCUUCGUCAGUUCUUGUAUAAUGCAAGGUGGCCGUAUCAGUUCAGUAAGAUUGAUCAACUUGUUCAUGACUUGAAUGGGGAUAAAAUCGCCUUGGGAGAAUUAAGUGAACAGAAAAAAGCCGCAGACUAUGGAGAUGGGAUGGGAAUCGUUGCAGCUCACUCAGGCGAUCCAAGUGCUGGCAUUUGAUUUAAUUAUAGGCUUGCAAAUUAGUUUGUCCAGUGCAAAUAAAGCUGGUCACUUGUGAUAUUCUUUUUCUAUUUGAUGGGGUACUGCAGUACAGCCAAUUCAUCCCCACUUAAUGCUCUUUCAAUAUUUUCCAUUUUUCACUGUAAUGCGAGUACAAUUCAAUAAUUAAUGGUUCAUGUCACAUGUUGUCACAAAAAUCA